ACAACAGUUCUCUGUGCGCUCCCAUUCAUUUCCUGAGAACUGCCUGAGCUGAGCAGCAGCAGCUGAGAGGCAGAGGGGAGGGAGCUGAUCUCUCUCUCUCUCUCACACACACUCACAUUUACACACACACACACCUACACAAACACACACCACACACAUACAGUACAUACUCUCAGAGUGAGAGGAGAGAAGAGACAGGGAGAGGAGACAGAGAGGGAAACACUGUCCUGCUCUCCACCGGCUCUGCAGCUUCUGACAAGGCAGCCUCACAAACAGGAUGUUAAUGCUUGACGGAAUGCCUGCAGUCCGAGUCAAAGCUGAGCCCCUGGAAUCAGAACGAGGGUCACCCAAAGUGCGCCGCUACUCUGCGAUGGACGGCGUCCCGUUUUUCCUCAGCAGAGUCAAACCUGAGACUCCAGAAGACCUGCUGUCCCACGACCUUCACUUCCACACACAGACUGAACCUGUGGACCUGUCCAUCAACAAAUCCCGGCCCACAUCCACAACCUCGUACUCAAAGUCGUCAUCCUCACCUCUCAGAUCUGCCUUCUCACCGUCCACAUGCUCCUCAUCUUCAUCCUCCUCCCCAUCGGUCAUCACCUCAGCCUCGUCGGUGCUCACGCCGGGCCCCCUGGUGGCUCCUGGUGGCGGGGUGAGGGGUCAGCCGUACUUGCACAUCCUGCACUCUGUGCCGCCGCCUCCGUCCAGUCCUCUGAGUCUGCAGGGAGCGGGGAAGCUGAGCAGCCACGUUCACCGCAUCCCCGUGGUGGUGCAGUCGCUGCCGCUCAUGUACACCACCGCCGUCCGAUCGCCCUCCAGACUCAACAGCGCCAUCGUGCUACCUCUGCUGGAUGAUGUCAAGAGCAAAGCACACUCGGACCACAACGGCCUGUCGCCAAGGCAGAUCAAGAGUGACAGCGAUGACGACGACCUACCAAACGUAACCUUGGACAGUGUUAAUGAGACCGGCUCCACUGCCCUGUCUAUAGCCCGGGCUGUGCAAGACUCCAUGUCACCGUUCAGUAUUGACAGCAUACGGCGCCCCCGGAGGUCAGAGUCUCCAGACUCCAAGAAGAGAAGAAUCCACAGAUGUGACUUUGAGGGCUGCAAUAAGGUCUACACCAAAAGCUCUCAUCUAAAAGCACACCGGAGAACACACACAGGGGAAAAGCCAUACAAAUGCACCUGGGACGGCUGCACGUGGAAGUUCGCCCGCUCCGACGAGCUGACCAGGCAUUACAGGAAACACACUGGGGUGAAGCCCUUCAAGUGUGCAGACUGUGACCGCAGCUUCUCCAGAUCUGACCACUUGGCUCUGCACCGACGGAGACAUAUGCUGGUGUGAAACAGACAGUGAAGCAAA